AUGGUCGUGAAAGGAGGAGGCGAUAGAUCAAAGGUAAAAGAUGGAGGAAAGAGAAUAGAAAGCGAAAAAUCUGCCUAUCUCAUUCUGUUCGUAUUUAUUUCUAUCUAUCUAUCUAUCUAUCUAUCUAUCUAUCUAUCUAUAUAUCUAUCUAUCUAUCUAUCUAUCUCAGUCUGUUCAUUAUCUAUCUAUCUAUCUACUUAUCUCAGUCUGUUCAUUAUCUAUCUAUCUAUCUAUCUAUCUAUCUAUCUCAGUCUGUUCAUUAUCUAUCUAUCUAUCUAUUUAUCUCAGUCUGUUCAUUAUCUAUCUAUCUAUCUAUCUAUCUAUCUAUCUAUCUAUCUAUCUCAGUCUGUUCAUAUCUAUCUAUUGAUCUCUCUAUAUGUUUGUAUUCUCUCAGUAUCUAUCUAUCUAUCUAUCUAUCUAUCUAUCUAUCUUUGUUCAUUAUAUCUAUCUAUCUAUUUAUCUCAGUCUGUUCAUUAUCUAUCUAUCUAUCUAUCUAUCUAUCUAUCUAUCUAUCUGUCUGUUCAUAUCUCAUCUAUUGAUCUCUCUAUAUGUUUGUAUUCUCUGUCUAUCUAUCUAGUCUGUCUAUCUCAGUCUUAUCUAUCUAUCUAUCUAUUUAUCUCAGUCUGUUCAUUAUCUAUUAUCUAUCUAUCUAUCUAUCUAUCUCAGUCUGUUCAUAUCUAUCUAUUGAUCUCUCUAUAUGUUUGUAUUCUCUAUCUAUCUAUCUAUCUAUCUAUCUAUCUAUCUAUCUGUCUGUCUGUCUAUCUCAGUCUGUUCAUUAUCUAUCUAUCUAUCUAUUUAUCUCAGUCUGUUCAUUAUCUAUCUAUCUAUCUAUCUAUCUAUCUCAGUCUUAUCUAUCUAUCUAUCUAUCUAUCUAUCUAUCUAUCUAUCUAUCUAUCUAUCUGUCUGUCUGUCUAUCUCAGUCUGUUCAUUAUCUAUCUAUCUAUCUAUUUAUCUCCUCUGUUCAUUAUCUAUCUAUCUAUCUAUCUAUUCUAUCUAUCUAUUGAUCUCUCUAUAUGUUUCAUUCUCUUAUCUAUCUAUCUAUCUAUCUAUCUAUCUGUCUGUCUGUCUAUCUCUAUCUAUCUAUCUAUCUAUUUAUCUCAGUCUGUUCAUUAUCUAUCUAUCUAUCUAUCUAUCUAUCUAUCUAUCUAUCUAUCUCAUAUAUCUAUUUCUCUAUAUGUUUGUAUUCUAUCUAUCUAUCUAUCUAUCUAUCUAUCUAUCUAUCUGUCUGUCUGUCUAUCUCUAGUCUAUCUCUAUCUAUCUAUCUAUUCAUCUGUUCUAUCUAUCUAUCUAUUCUAUCUAUCUCUAUCUAUAUAUAUCUCAGUCUUAUCUAUCUAUCUAUCUAUCUAUCUAUCUCAGUCUGUUCAUUAUUAUCUAUCUAUCUAUCUGUUCUAUCUAUCUAUCUAUCUAUCUAUCUAUCUAUCUAUCUAUCUAUCUCAGUCUGUUCAUAUUCAUUAUAUGUUUGUAUUCUCUCAUAUGUUUAUAUUCUAUCUAUCUCAUCUAUCUAUCUCAUAUCUCAUCUAUCUAUUAUCUAUCUAUCUAUCUAUCUCAGUCUGUUCAUUAUCUAUCUAUCUAUCUAUCUAUCUAUCUAUCUCAGUCUGUUUUGUAUUGAUCUCUCUCAUGUUUGUAUCUAUCUAUCUAUCUAUCUAUCUAUCUAUCUAUCUAUCUAUCUGUCUGUUCUAUCUCAGUCUGUUCAUUAUCUAUCUAUCUAUCUAUUUAUAUCUGUUCAUUAUCUAUCUAUCUAUCUAUCUAUCUAUCUAUCUAUUAUCUAUCUAUCUCAGUCUGUUCUAUCUAUUGAUCUCUCUAUAUGUUUGUAUUCUCUCAGUAUCUAUCUAUCUAUCUAUCUAUCUAUCUAUCUAUCUGUCUAUCUCAUCUGUUCAUUAUCUAUCUAUCUAUCUAUUUAUCUCAGUCUGUUCUAUCUAUCUAUCUAUCUAUCUAAUAUCUAUCUAUCUAUCUGUUAUCUAUUAUCUCUCUAUAGUCUCAGUAUCUAUCUAUUAUCUAUCUAUCUAUCUAUCUAUCUGUCUGUCUGUCUAUCUCAGUCUGUUCAUUAUCUAUCUAUCUAUCUAUCUAUCUAUCUAUAUUAUCUAUCAUGUAUCUAUUGAUCUCUCUAUAUGUUUUUGUAUCUAUCUAUAUCUAUCUAUCUGUCUGUCUGUCUAUCUCAGUCUGUUCAUUAUCUAUCUAUCUAUCUAUUUAUCUCAAGUAUCUAUCUAUCUAUCUAUCUAUCUAUCUAUCUAUCAUUCAUAUCUAUCUAUCUAUCAUCUAUCUCAUCUAUCUAUCUAUUAUCUAUCUAUCUGUCUAUGUCAUCUCAUGUUCAUUAUUUCUAUUUAUCUGUCUGUUCAUUAUCUAUCUAUCUAUCUAUCUAUCUAUCUAUCUAUCUAUCUAUUCAGUCAUAUAUAUUAUUUCUAUAUGUUUUUCUAUCUUUUCUAUCUAAAUUAUUUAUCUAUUGAUCUCUCAUUAUCUUUAUCUAUCUAUCUAUCUUUCCUAUUUUUCCCAUUAUCUAUCUAUCUAUUUAUCAGUCUGUUCAUUAUCUAUCUAUCUAUCUAUCUAUCUAUCUAUCUAUCUGUCUUAUCUUUCAUUAUCUAUCUAUCUAUCUACCUAUUCAUCUGUUGUCUAUCUCAGUCUGUUCAUUAUCUAUCUAUCCAUCUAUUUUUCAGUCUGUUCAUUAAUCUAUCUUUUAUUUCUAUUCUAUUUCUAUCUAUCUUUGUUUAUCUAUCUAUUUUCUAUAUAUGUUUUGUAUUUUUUUAUCUAUCUAUUUCUAUCUCCGUUCUAUCUUCUGUCUGUCUGUCUAUCUCAGUCUGUUCAUUAUUAUCUAUCUAUCUAUUUAUCUCAGUCUGUUCAUUUCUUUCUAUUAUCUAUCUAUCUCAUAUUCAUCUAUCUAUCUAUCUAUCUAUCUAUCUAUCUAUCUAUCUGUCUUUCUACUCUAAAUUAUUUUCGCUCAUAUCUUUUCCUCUUUCCUUUUUCCCCUCUUCUUCCUCUUCACACCUCAUCUCCCUUCGUCUCAUCAACUGUUCAAGUCUCGUCUUUUUGAAAACUAUUUUUAUUUCAUUCAUUUUCUAUUUGUUUCUUCUCCCUUUUUUAAUCUCUUUUCCUCCGUUCACUUCUACUACAGGUUGCUUUUCUUUCUUUUCCUUGUGA